AGGCAAUCACGAUUCACUCGUUCGUCGGUGCUCAUCGGUCGUGACUCGCAUCGACUGGCCAUGCUGACAAAAGUGGGUGUGCAAUAACAUCCCCCUUCCUUGCCUCCUCACCACUGCCAUCCAUCUACGUCGUGCUUGCUGCUAUGAAGGAUUCCUCACUACGGUAGAUCCUCACGCAUCACCCUCCUUCUUGCUCCUUCUCCAUCCCCGCUCUAUCUCUCCCUCUCUGCCCGAGCCUUUUCCCCCGGGGCAACAGCAGCCACAAUGGACGUGCAAGAGCACGUCGCUUCCCCCGACUCCCCUACCUCUGCCACGACGCAAGAGAGGACUACUUCGUCUUCCCCACGGUCACCCUCCCGUAGCAGCGGCGCUUUCAAAGAGCCAACAACAGCCCCACCUCUCUCUGAUGGGACAGCUCCCAGCCAGCUUUCUGGCGACCGAUCAAACACGACGGACGACAAGCCCGAAGAGACUCGCGUACCUCGUUUCGCUCGCCGUCUCUCCGUUGCCAGUCGUCUCUCUCGUCAAGUGACUCGCGAGACGGAAAAGGACGACGAUGAUCCCUAUCUUGUAGCCUUCUCAUACAAGGACCCUUCGGACCCGCGACAUUGGCCAGAAUGGUACAAGUGGACCAUCUAUAUGAUCUACCUCUGGCCCGAGAUUUGGGCACAGGCCAUCUCCUCACUCUUUGCCCCUGCUACGGCAGCUGCUGCUGAGGCCGUGGGAGUGUCGGAGGCGGCAAUGAGGACAGUGCAGGCCAUCUACCUCUUUGGAUUUGCCGUCGGACCCAUCGUGGUAGCGCCUGUAUCGGAAGACUACGGCAGGAAAUGGAUCGGCGUCGGGUCGAUUGUCAUCGUCAGUCUAUGCCAGAUCCCCUGCGCACUAGCAGGCAGUCUGGGCCUCAUCCUUCCAUUCCGCUUCGUUGCUGGCUUCUUCGCCGCCGCUACCUUCAACUCCAUCGGCGUUGUUGCCGAUCUCUGGGAUCCGGUAGACCAGGGCUGGGGAGUGAACCUGUUCUGCUUGGCCGCCGAGGUGGGCGCUGAUCUGGGAGCAGUCAUGGGCGGCUACAUCUACGCUCGCCAUGGGUGGAGGUGGACAUUUGGCGUCAGCGGACUGGGCAUGGCAUUCAUCACCUGCGUCUUGCUCAUUUUCGGCAGAGAAACAAGAGGUGGUGUGAUCCUGUCCAAGGCAGCUGCCAAGAAGAGGAAGGAGACUGGCGAUGACAAGUUCUACUGUCUGCACGAGAAGGACGUUCAAGCCAAGACUUGGAAGAUGCGAUUCACCGAGACCGUAGGAAGACCAGCGUGGAUGCUCGUCACGGAGCCCAUCGUUUUGACUACCGCCUUAUUCGAUGGACUCAACUAUAUGGUCAUCUAUGCCUUCAUUCUCGGCUUCUCCCUCGUUUACGGAAACGUCUAUGGCUGGUCAAAUGGAAACGAAGAGCUUCCCCUAGUAGCAGCUCUGACAGGGUCAUUCCUAGCCUUCUUCUGUCUACCCCUUCAGCAAGCAUGGGAGCGUCGCUCCAUACGGCGGUCCCCCGAUGGCGAGCUGGUACCAGAGGAGCGUCUCUUCUGGCUCGUCGUCUCUCCUCUCUUCCCGGUUGCCCUCUUCUGGUUCGCCUGGACAGCAGUGCCAGGUGUACACUGGAUCUCAUCAGUCCUGGCUAUCGGUCUCGUCGGCUUCGUAUCCCACAUCAUCUUCUACGCCGUGUCAGACUACACAGUCGCCGCUUAUUCCCUCUACGCCGCAAGUGCCGUAGGUGCCCAGUCCCUCAUGCGCGAAGUCCUCUCGGGCAGCUUCACUCUCUUUGUAGUGCAGACUUAUGAAAACCUCGGAUACCAAUGGGCCUCAUCCCUCUGGGGCUUCCUAGCUGUAGUGGUAGCCGCAGUGCCCUUUGCCCUGUACUUCUUCGGCCACAAGCUGAGGGAAAAGAGUCCCUUUUGCCGAGAGCAGAUGCAGGCCACGCGGGACAUUCGCAAAGAGACGGAAAGACUCAGAGUCAAGCAGGAGAAGUCCAGAUCUCGGUCCAGGGCACGCGACGCUUCGCGGCCUCCGGCUGGAGAGGAAGGUGCACCCCCUCGCGAUGGGCCGAGCGAGGCAGAUGUGGAGAAGAGGGGGGAGGCAGAGGCUGAGGAGAGGCAAGGCAGGCCGCUGGAGAGGGCAGUGGGAGCAGCGGCGCCUGCGGCGUAUUUUGCUCAAGACGAGUGAGACUUAGAGAGGAUAGAUACCCUCAACCUCAUCCCCCACCCGACUAGUAUAGAUGCCAGAAGCUCCAGGGACGUAGCAUCUUUCACCUAGCAUACACCACUCGUCACGCAUCACGCAUCUACAUCUUCAUCUUCAUCUUGAGACCCUGUAAUUAGUCACAUUGUACACUACCUAGAUCUGCAAAGAGCACCCACACCUGCACCUGCAAUCGGAUCCUCCUCCUCGCGCAGCCCCCCUCCCCGGGCUUCCCUCUCGUCUCGCCAUCACCAAACCCUCCUCUUCCCAAUCCAAGAC